UUUUAAACAAACUUACUGCAGCAUUGUUGUUGUAUGUGAUGGUAUUUAUCAGGCAAUACUAACAGCUGUGAAAUAGUUCAAAUCUACGAAGAAAGAAUUUGAGAAACGGCUACAGCGUAGUUGUAAAUAAUGGGCGGUCCCUCGGCCUAAAUUGUCUUCCGGCCUAGUUUUUGUGUCAGUAAACAUGUAGAAGUUCAGUAGGCCAAGUUCAAUAACUCUAGAUUCCUGUCUUGCUGCGUCGGCGAAUUAAACACUUCAAACAUACCGAAGUGUGGAAACAGCGUGCAUCCGUGUAUGAAGUAACUGAAAGGUCUAUGUGUUUAAGAUGGCAUUGGUCAGUGCUUUUGGUGGAGGAAAAUUCUCAAACGUCGGAGCUGUUGUUGUUGCAGCGGCGAAGGACAAGAUUUUUGCGCUAACAUGUCGUAAAAAUCACAUUGACACUACAAACAGUUACUUCACUCUGAUGACACAAGCCAACCAGUGCCUGGCUACUCCACCUUCUGACUGGAGGAAAGGAAUUGUAGAGUCUCGCAGACUGAUUAUCAAUGGGGCUGAUCUUCACUAUGAAGAGACAGGCACGGGAGAAAACUUUGUCUUGCUGCUGCCAGGCUCUCUGGGCUCCACCAGGAUAGACUUUGGGCCACAGCUCCGGGGUUUGGACAAAGACAAAUUUACUCUGGUGGCUCUGGACCCCAGGGGAUAUGGGAAGAGUAUCCCCCCUCAGAGGAAAUGGGCACUGGAGUUCUUUGACAAGGACGUAGAGGAUGCCGUAGGACUGAUGAAGAUGAUGCGUGCAAAAAAGUUUGAUGUGUUAGGUUAUGAAGACGGGGGUACAGUGGCUGUGAAGUUAGCAGCCAGGUUCCCGGAAUUCGUGAACAAGCUGGUGGUGUGGGGGACAAGUGCCUUCAUCACAGAACAUGAUUUAAGUCUGACCAGCAACAAGUGGACAGAUGGGAUGAAGCUACCUGUAUUAGAUCACUAUGGUGAAGACUACUUCAAAACAAACUGGAAUCUUCGCAUGAACACUCUGAGACAGUACUGGACUGAGCGUAAAGGUAACAUCUGUGUGGACGACCUUCAGAAGGUGACCUGUGACACGCUGAUUCUUCACGGCAGUAAGGACCCCCGUCAUUCACACACAGCACCCACGAUUUCUUCACAACAACAUCAGCAACUCACAUUUGGAAAUCGUUGAGGGUGGUCGCCACAAGUUACAUCUCACCCAUAACACUGAAUUCAACAGCAUCGUGGAGAAUUUUUUAAAACAAUAAGAUGUUUCAAUAAGGGGGGAUAACUCUCCUCUCGCCCCCGUCAAACAACUGUGUAUCAGACAUGUCAAACAUUAUUCUCGAUGUAGUCAUAUAGCCUUUGAUCACAGGAUGACUCACUAUAUUUCAUCAAUACAUACAUAAAUGUAUAUAUAUAUAUGCCAAAGCAUUUUUUACCGCCUGAUGGCUAUUUCAAUUGGGUUAAAGAUCUGAAUGGGAAUGUGUUAGAGAUGAAGUUUAUUUUAUUUCCUUGUACAUAUUAUGUAAUUUUAACAACGAUAACUUUAUGUAACCAGCAUCACUGACAGCGUGUGAUUUUUUCCAUGAUGAUUGGGCAACCUGUUGAUCACUUACAUGUGACGUUUAUGGAUGGUGUUUUUGAAGUCUUUACACAUACAUGCACAGGUAUACGUGCGUGGCACAGGAGAUAGUUAAUUUGUUCUAUUCAUUGUGUUGUGAUUCUGAAGAACAAGGGUUGUCCAGUCCCCAAUAAAAUGACAAAGGACUGUUGGUCUUUAGUUUAAAUUAAAAAAAAAAAAUGUUCUUUGUUAGGUGUCUAUGAGAUGCAUGUGAAUCUAUGUUAUAUACAUGUGCGGUAAAUAACUUAAAAUUUUCUCCAUGACAAAGUUGCACACUUUCGAAACUUAAAAUGUAUUGGCCUUGUAUGGAAAGUAAGUGGUAUCUUGCUGCAAACAUGCAAGUUUUUUGCCUCCAAAUGUGCACUUUUUGGCACAAAUUUUAGAUGAUGUUACUCAGGGGGCAAUUAAAUUUUGUUGCUUUUGAAUAUGGUUGUAUACUUAAUUGUCUCUACUUAAUAAGGAGAAUCUUUACUUAUGCAGCUAUGGCUUUUUCAGGUGCUUUUUGCACAAAUUAUUUGCUGAAAUUUGGUUAAUUUGUUAUAAAUAUAUCAUGAGCAUUGUUUUUUUUUUCACUGAUCACCAUUAUCCUGGUUACACUUCAUGUUUGUUUGCACAAAUGUGUCAUCAUUUUGAUUUACGUACGUCUACUUAACAACAAAUCAGGUGUAAAUGACUAUGCAAACUGUGAUUUCAUGCACAUCUGUAGCAUAGUCUGCACGAUGAAGUCUGGUUUCAGACUUGUUAAAGGCAUUAAUAUCCUGACAAUCGACCAAUCAGUUUACCUGUUUCACAAGACCAGCAGUAAAACAAAGUGGAAGUUUCUUUUUGAUUGGCUGAAUGAGGCCUUGAUGGCUGUUUCUAAUACAUAUAGGUUUUAAGGUCGAUUUUGUUAAUGCAGAUCUAUAUACAUAAUGCGAAUAUAAUUAUUGUGUGUUUUAUGUGUAAAUAUAGAUGCAUGUACGUGCAAAUGUAUUAAGUGCUUGCCUGAAUGUUCAAACAACAACUUGUUGGGUUAUGUAUAUUAGCACUGUUUCAGUCAUGCUAUGUUUGGUUUAUCUGUCUUGUACGGGUUAGAGUACUUGUGCGUUAAUUACUUCCUGUUAACCUCUAUUGUGAUUACAGAUGUACAAGUAUGUAAUGAUUAUGUUUUACAGUCUUGUAGACUUUAAAGCAAAGAAGUAGAACUUUUACUUCUCCUAUUUCUUGUAUGUAAACAUUAAUUUAAAAGGUAUAGGCCUACUGCUGUAUUUGGUGUCAUGUUGCACGUAGUAUUCACCUUUUAUAUAUAUAUAAUACGCACAACUCUUUAUAGAACAUGUGGAAUAAAUUGUACUGUUUGGUUUGUAGGCCUAACAGUGGGCUGUUCGUCCAUAGGCAAUGUUCAUAUUGAUAAAAAAACGUCUUUAAAUGUUGUUGUGUGAAGCUUACUGUUGUUGUGUUGUGAAUGAAUUCCUUUUUUCAUUACAGAACUAGACAAAAGUGUCAACUUUUUUAUUGAUUACAGUAUUUUCCUUAUGUAUGUAAAUCUACGUGUAUACAUUUGCCAAACUGUUCUAAAUGAAAAAAAUAAAGGAGAUUGCUUUAGA